CAUUUACUUCUCCAGCUCAUUUUACAGAUGAAGAAACUGAGGCAAACAGGGCUCAGCGACUUGCUCCGGAAUGACACAACUAAUACCCUAUCCGCCUUGGAUUAUCAUUAUUGGACAUGUGCGCCUCCCCAUCUAGAUCGAAAAUUCUUUGACCCCUUAGCAGUAUCCAGGAAAUUCAAAAGUAUUUGUUGCCUGGUGUUCCUGGCUUUCCUCUCCAGCACCUCCACACUCAGUCUGGACUUUGCUGAACAUCGGAAUAAAGCAGCCAAGAUCAAAAUCCACCCCAGAGGCAACCUCUGGGCCACAGGCCACUUCAUGGGCAAGAAGAGUGUGGAGCCACUGGCCUUCUCGUCAUCCUCUGGGACGGCCACCCAUGCCACUCUGGAGGAAAUGAGGGACCGGCUGAGUCAUGACUUGGUUAGGGUCCUCUGGCUGAAGAAAUCCUUGGGCAUGAGCCAAGAGGACCCUGCAGUGAGCACCCAGGACCUAUGGAUGCUUCUUCAGCAGCUGGAGAAAUAAUCAGGUCACCAGGCAGGUAUGGCUCAGACUGCACAAACCAUGCAACUAUAUGGAUUUCACACCUUGUCCACCAGGGGCAACUCCUGCAGUCGAGAAGAGGAAUUCCAGCCCCCUUGCUGUUGCUACAUCAUGUCUGUAAUCUUUGAUUGAGAUCACUCACUGUUA